AUGUUCAGCAAGCUUGUCAACUUCUGGGUCAACAAGGCCGUUACUGAGUCGCUCUUGAACAGCCCCAAGUUCCACCAGUUCGCCGCCAAGACCCACCAUCACGUCAACAACAUCUCCAAGAACGCUGCCCCGAUGAUCUCUGAGAGCACAAACAGAGCCGCCACCUUCGCCAAGGCUUUCAAGGAGACUGUCAUCAAGGAGUCCGAGGCCUUGUCCAAGAAGAAGUAA